AUGGAUUAUGAUGGAAACAAGUUAUUCAUUGGAGGCAUACCAAGAGAGACUAGUGAAGAGUCUCUGAAGCAGCAUUUCAGUAGAUAUGGUCUUGUGUUGGGAGCUGUUGUUGCUAAAGAGAAAGCCUCUGGACAACCUAGAGGCUUUGCGUUUGUUCGCUUUGCUAAUGCCUUUGAUGUUGACAAAGCUCUCAGAGAUUCUCACUUCAUUCUCGGUCGUGCCGUCGAUGUGAAGAAGGCAAUUCCGAGGCAUGAACAGCUUAGGUAUCAACAACCAGUACAACAGAACAAUGGUGGUUUUCAUGAAAUGUGGAGUAACAACAACCGUAGGACGAAGAAACUGUUCGUUGGGGGUUUAUCAUCCGAGACAACUGAAGAAGAGUUCAAGACUUACUUUGAGAAGUUCGGCAGGACGACGGAUGUGGUUGUGAUGCACGACAGCUUGACGAACAGGCCGAGAGGGUUCGGGUUUGUCACGUUUGAUUCAGAGGACUCUGUUGAGAUCGUUAUGCAGAGCAAUUUCCAUGAACUGAGUAAGAAACGUGUGGAGGUGAAACGAGCAAUACCUAAAGAAGGCAUCCAGAGCAAUAACCGUAGUAAUCGUAACCUUGCUACUACUCCUCCUGCUACUACAUACAACAACUUUCAAGCUGCAACAACACCGUAUGUCCCUGAGAGAAACGGAUAUGGAAUGCUUGUUCAGUAUCCUCCUACCGUCUUUGGUUAUCAACACAGUGUUGUCCAAGGCUUCCAGUAUCCUAUUGGUUACCCAUUCACAGCUGAAGGGACGCUUAACGUUCUCUGGAACAAUCCGGUUAUGCCAACCACCGGGUUUUACUACCCUCCUCCGCCUCCUCCUCCUCCUCCGGCGACGACCAACACUACUUGUUAUUACAUGAACGGGUUUGAUCUUUCGUGUUUGAGCAGGAAUGGUUUCAAUGCUGUGCCAUGGCCUGUUGUAGCUGGUGAUGGAACCGGUGUGCUAAUACCUCGGUUUGAAGAUUUGAAGCUUGAGGUCUCUAGUCAAGGUCAUAAGAGAAACAGUGGAGGAGGGAACAUGGUGAAGCCGUUGCCUAAUGGUAUUUAUAGAUGA